AUGCAUGAUGGCUGUUUAAAGCCAGGUUUGCCAGCUGGAUUUAACUAUGAAAUAAAGGGUUUUUUUGCUUUUCAAGCACUGCCUUGCUUACAAAUUAAACCCGAUUCAACUCAAGUAAUUGAGGAUUCUAAACCAGUUUCUAUCUGUAACCGGAAACGUGUUUGGCUUGGCAUUGGCCAUCCAAUUGACUGGCCACUUAUGCUAUAUAUCCAGUCUAUGAACCCUCCUCAUAACCUGUGCCGAUCGGACGACCACUGCUUUGACUUUCCCGCACCCACCGUUCCUACUAGCCAUCUGACAACAACCAAGUCAGCGACACCAAAUCCAGCAUCUGGAUCGAUUACUGAUAAUCACGCUACAGAUUCAACUGGUGGAUAUCCAAUCCAUAAGGCAGCAGACCUACUGCCUUAUCCUCUGUAUAACCAGAUCCAGUCCAAGGCUACUGUCUGGCCUCAGUCUCAGCUUCCGCUUCAUGACAAUCAGCCUCGUAAUACUGUCGAGUUUGACUUCCAGCCAUAUAUUUUUAAUAAACAGCUAGACCAACAUUCAGAUUGGCUGCCGUCGGUCACCAGCAUGACAGCAGGCCAGCUAUACACUACGUUUCCAACUCCACCGUUGAUGCCCCACUUUCAAAUAGACUCUUUAUCUCAGCAACAACUGGCUCAUUCGCUUCUGCCUCGAUCAGCUGCUUCGCACACCCACAUGUCUGUUGCUAAUCCUGAUAAUUCAACUGUCGCUACCAAGCCAUUUAGCAGCAGCGAUACGGCUUCUAUUAGUGGCAGUUCGGUUCCAUCUGCACAAACUUCGCCAGAAUCGCUUCUCUAUGCUAUGUUGAACCAUCCACCACCACUCACAAUCAACAUUGAUGAUCCGUUGGGAUGGUCUCCACUGAUUAAUACACCCGUCAUGUUGAACGAUGCUGCCAAUGUCUCGUUGUCUACGAAUAACAUCAUGCAGUCUAUACUGCAUACGCCUUUGAUACCAAUGACUCUGCCAAUGCUUCCCCUCGAACAUACUGACAAUGCCACUGCUAGCUCUGCUAUCUCUUCAACCCCUCUUGUCACACUGAAUGACAAUUAUCCUGUCCUUGAUCAGUCCAUGCUUGCCUUGAACCAUUUGGAUGCAACUCACCCGAAUUCGCUUAAUGGGUCGCCCUCAAACUUGAUUCUGAACGGAUUGAACGAUACGUGGGAUAUCAAGUCUAAUUCCAUGUCUUCAGCAGCAAACAGUCUAAAGUGGACAUGUUUGCCUUCCUCACAGUAUCCGUUGGUUGAUGGAAGUCCUGCACGAUGUCAGACAUUCUUUAACCCUUCUACUUCUGUAGAUUUUACACGUGCCCGCUCUGCUUCUACAUCGUUUUUAGAAUUGCCCAUUUCUACCACGUUUUAUUCUGGAAGCGAUUGCUCUGACCUCUCUGAGCGUACUGAAGACCGUAGUGCUAAUUCAAAUAGCAAACUGCAGCUGCUUGAACCAAGUCCUCCACUAACAGCGGUAGGAUCUGGCGUUCCUGCUACUUUUCCCUCGGCCAAAGGAAACUCGAACCUGAAAUUUCCGUCACCCAAGACCACCGCAGACUCUGCAGGUGAAUCGUCAUGUGUUCCUCCAAGUCGAAGAUACUACUGCACAUUCUCUGGAUGCGAUCGCUGGUUUACUCGAAAAAACAAUCUGGAUGCGCACUACAGAACUCACACUGGUGAGCGACCAUCUGCCUGUACAGAGUGCGACAAAACAUUCAACCGAAAGCAUGAUCUUAGUCGUCAUAUCUCCUCGGUUCAUUUCAAAUCGGAUCGAUAUGGUCCUUGUGUCAAAUGCGGCGCUCGUUUUCCAAGACAGGAUGCAUUUAAACGACAUAUGUAUUCGUGCUCCCGACAUCCCGAGUAA